AUGGCUAACCUAUCGGCAAAACUGGACUCCGUUUUGUCCAUCGAUGAGAUCGAGAAGACAGGUAUGCCUUCCCAGAGAUCGCACCAAUUGAUCCGCCAAUUGGUGGCCAAUCACCACCGCACUUCAAACCCGUUUCUGUGUGUAUACAUACGCGGUGACAAGUGCUCUGUGAACUGUAUGUGCUCAGCACCGGCUAUAUAUGCCUAUUUUGUUGUACAGAUUCUGUACGGCUAUAUACACAUACGCCUACCAACAGCGCUCAUCAUAGCGAAGAUCGCCUGUUGGACCACUAGUGAGCCCAUAGAGGGCUCGGAUCUCAACCUAUUCCUCACAUGGCUUAGGGAUCAGUUGAAAGUCUCGGGCAAUGAAUACCUGCAGUCGAUCGCCCGGUGCCUGCAGAUGAUGCUCCAGAAUGAUCGCUAUCGGGAUGUGUUUGUGGGCAUCGAUGGCAUCAAUACGAUAGUACACGUGCUGUCCGGACGCGUCAACUUUCAGAUCCAAUACCAGCUGUGUUUCUGUCUGUGGAUACUGACGUUCAACGAGCCGUUGGCCACCAAAAUGAACAAAUACAACGCCAUACCAGUGCUCGCAGACAUACUGUCCGAAGCGGUCAAGGAGAAGGUCACCCGCAUGACUUUGGCCACGUUCAGGAAUUUGAUCGAAAAGCCGACCGACGCUGAGAUUAUACGCGAUAACGCUAUUACAAUGGUUCAGUGCAAGGUGUUAAAACAAUUAGAAAUAUUACAACAAUCGGGUCAGAAGUUUGACGACGUGGACAUCAAAGAGGACAUCGACUUCCUGACUGAGAAACUCCUGGCGUCCGUACAGGACUUGUCCUCGUUUGACGAGUACGCCACGGAAGUGAAGUCCGGGCGCCUGGAGUGGUCGCCCGUCCACUCGAGCGACAAGUUUUGGCGAGAAAACGCCAGUCGUCUCAAUGAGAAGAACUACGAGUUGUUGAAAAUACUGGUUCGACUCCUGGAGACCAGUAAGGAUCCACUGGUGCUGUCCGUGGCCUCCCAUGACUUGGGAGAGUACGUCCGACACUACGGCAGAGGCAAAGUUGUUACGGAAAACUUGGGCGGAAAGCACUUAGUUAUGCAGCUCCUGACCCACGAGGACCCGAACGUGAGAUAUGAGGCGCUCCUAUGCGUACAGAAGCUUAUGGUCCAGAAAUGGUACGGAAUAUCUGGGGAAACAACUCGAGAAAGACACCGGACGUACGAAAGAGGUUAUGAGGUCUUAGAGCCCGUUCCCCGCACUGUUUUAGACCUUCCCCUCAUCUACUGUUCAUUUCUGUGCGUUAAAUCCAAGGCCUGA